UCAUUCCGCACGUCUGUAGGGGCAGCGCUGGCACAUGGGCAGUGAGCCAUUUGGACGACCCUGGCAACCAGGCGACGUGGUUGGGUGUAUGAUCGACCUUUCGGAGAACAACAUCCUCUUCACACUCAAUGGAGAAGUGCUCAUGUCUGACUCGGGCUCGGAGACGGCCUUUAAGGAUAUUGAGAUUGGGGAUGGCUUCCUCCCUGUCUGCAGCCUGGGCCUGGGCCAGGUGGGACGCCUAAAUUUGGGCCAGGAUGUGGGAUCUCUUCGCUAUUUCACCAUCUGUGGACUUCAGGAGGGCUUUGAACCUUUUGCCAUCAACAUGCAGCGGCCUGUCACCACCUGGUUCAGCAAGAGCCUGCCCCAGUUUGAACCGAUGCCCCCUGACCAUCCCCACUAUGAGGUGACCCGAGUGGACGGCACGGUGGACACGCCUCCCUGCCUGCGCCUGACGCACCGUACCUGGGGCUCCCAGAACAGCCUGGUGGAGAUGAUGUUCCUGAGGCUGAGCCUCCCGGUGCAGUUCUAUCAGCACUUCCGCUGCACCCCGGGGGCCACCCCCUUGGCCCCGCCGGGUCCCCAGCCCCCCGGGGACGACGAGGUCCGAGCGGCCGAGCCUGACCCCGACUACGAGCAGAUGCAGCGUUCGGCGGGCCGGACGGGCGAGGCUGAGGGGAACAAGGAGGGGACUGGGGGGCCCACCAAGGACGGGGCGGCUUCUCAGGCAGGAGCCGAAACAACAGGAGGGUCCCCGACCCGAGCUGAGAAUGAGAAGGACGCUGCCACUGAGAAAAGCAAGAAGAGGGGGUUCUUGUUCAAAGCCAAGAAGGCAGCCAUGAUGACGCAACCACCCGCCACCCCCGCUCUGCCCCGACUCCCUCACGACGUGGUGUCCGCGGACAACAGGGAUGACCCUGAGAUUAUCCUCAACACCACCACGUAUUACUACUCUGUCCGGGUGUUUGCCGGCCAGGAGCCCAGCUCAGUGUGGGUGGGCUGGGUCACCCCUGACUACCACCAGCACGACAUGAAUUUUGAUCUGACCAAAGUCCGCGUUGUGACGGUGACCAUGGGGGACGAGCGAGGCAAUGUACACAACAGCUUGAAGCGCAGUAACUGCUACAUGGUGUGGGGUGGGGAUUUUGUGAGCCCGGGACAGCAAGGACGCAUCAGUCACACAGACCUGGUCAUCGGCUGCCUGGUGGACCUGGCCACCGGCCUCAUGACCUUCACGGCCAAUGGAAAAGAGAGCAACACCUUUUUCCAGGUGGAGCCAAACACGAAGCUGUUUCCAGCGGCCUUCGUCCUUCCCACCAACCAAAAUGUUAUGCAAUUUGAACUGGGAAAGCUGAAGAACAUCAUGCCCCUGUCAGCAGCCAUGUUCCUGAGUGAACGGAAGAACCCAGCGCCGCAGUGUCCCCCCCGCUUGGAGGUACAAAUGCUCAUGCCCGUGUCCUGGAGCAGGAUGCCCAACCACUUCCUACAAGUGGAGACACACCGGGCAGGUGACCGCCUGGGCUGGGCUGUGCAGUGUGAGGAGCCUCUCACCAUGAUGGCCUUGCAUAUCCCUGAGGAGAACCG